GUAAUAAUUGAUUAUUAAAUGCAUUAAAAGUUUUGCAUUGAAAGUGUAUUUUUUGUUUGAUUUUGGAUUAGAUUACCGGAGACUGAGUCAGACACGCUGUUCAACGAGUUAAUGGCGAACGACAGCACAAACACCCGGGUUAUAUUGGCCCGGAUGCGAGCACUGGAUAAAUCAACCACUAGUGAUGCGCACCAGCAGUGGGAGCGCCGGCACAGGCAGAUAGUAUUGGCCGAUAAGGCGUUGGCUGUGAACGAAAUGAGUGUUUUGACUGCUAUGAGGGCCGCGUUUAACACUGCGAGACAGACGCCAGACAUCAGGGAAUGUGUGAAAAUAUUAGAGACGGAAAGUGCGACCCUUUUGAAUGUGUUGGUCAUUAAAGGUGUGACCAUUUGUGAGCUCAUAGACGGACAGUCCGUUUCAAUGCAAAAUGCGGAGGAAACGAGUGGACUGUCCGCUAGUGAUAGCUCCGAGUGUGUCAUCACUUCCAGUGUGAUUAUUACCGAUGAAACACUAACUAAUGGUAGUACAGCCCCAACUGUGCCAUCGUUUACCAUCUCGGAUGCGGAUCAAGUGUACGAAGAGAUGUGUAAACUAUCUGCCGAUCCGUACGACACAAAAGUAUAUAAAUUCACUGAAAGUUACGCCCUUUUGCACCGGCAUUACGGCCUGGCGUUGAAAGUGUAUUGCAAACAAUUUGAUCUAUUGCCCAGUCGUGAUGUGUGGGAUAAAAUGAUUAAGAUGUUUAACUCUUUGAAUUGGACUCAUAUUGAAAAGCAAUACAUUCGCAACACUAACGCUAUGUUUCCCAAAGAUUAUCGACUAUUU